AUGACACCAAGUGACCCAGAGGUGGAAGUGUAUGCACAACUACUCAAAGAAAAUGAGAUCGACGGAACAGCUCUUCUUAAACUGGACAUAAACACACGUACACAGUGUUCUACUGAUUCAGAAUUGAUAGGAUGCUUCAAAAUCAGGAAGGACCAACACCUAACAAUUCUCGACUACAGAGAUGGUCAGUGGUACAAGGCUCAGUCGUUGGACACCUUGGAAGUGGGCUUGGUUCCUUUCAACUACGUGAUUCCUCUACAGGGACUGCAAGGUCACGUCGAAUGGUUCGUAGGACCCCUGGACCGAAGAGACACGGAUAAUCGUCUUCUGUGUGACGACAACCCGGUUGGUACUUUCCUUGUCAGAAGUAGAGAAGACAUCGGCGAAACAGGCUCACACCUCUACACGAUAUCCGUGCUGCGCAGCAAGACUGGCAACGACAGAGUGAGCCACUUCAAUGUACAAAGAUCUACAGAAGGAAAACUGUUUGUUGCAGCUGAUAUGGAGUUCGACAGCCUAACGGAACUGGUGGAACACUAUCUCAGUCUUUGGGAGGAAUCCGUCGAUGUUACUGUGAAGAUUGCGAAGGCAGGGUCGAUGCUAGACGACCACAUCCAGUUGCUCCGGGAGGCUGACACCAUGAAGAACCUACUUCACCGCAACAUUCUGUUGGGCGUCUGUACGAAAGGGUACCCCAUGUACAUCAUCACAGAGUUCAUGUGUAACGGUAGUCUGGACCACUAUCUACGCCAUGGGGAGGGUCAUCGUUUGGACCUGGUCGAUCUGAUUGACAUGGGUGCUCAGGUCGCUGCUGGUAUGGAGUACCUCGAAGACAACAACGUCAUCCACCGAGACCUGCGAGCAGCAAACGUCCUUGUUGGAGAACGGAACCUCUGCAAGGUGGCAGACUUUGGGAUUGAUCUCCAUUAG